ACUUUGACCUCUCCUCCGGCUGCCGGCGCCCGGGGAUAGCACGCAUGCGUCCUUUGCUUAAAUGGAUGGCACCCUUAUCCUCGCCGUGGCGGGAGGCGCCGUGGCCGUGCUGCUGUUAGUGCGGCUGUGGGUAGUGCUGCGCCCCCGCGCCCCUGUGCCCCGGCGGUCUCUCAGCCUCCUGGUGGUGGCUGGGUCCGGUGGGCACACCACUGAGAUCCUGAGACUGCUCGAGAGCUUGUCCGACGCUUACACCCCUAGACAUUACGUCAUUGCUGACAGUGAUGAAAUGAGUGCCCGUAAAAUAAGUUCUUUUGAGCUAAAUCGGGCUGAUAGAAACCCCAGUGCUACGUUUCCCCAGUACUGCAUUCACCGCAUUCCCAGGAGCCGCGAGGUCCAGCAGUCCUGGCUCUCCACGGUGCUCACCACCUUGUACUCCACGUGGCUCUCCUUCCCCCUGACUCACCGAGUGAAGCCAGAUUUGGUGUUGUGUAACGGACCAGGAACGUGCGUUCCUAUCUGUGUAUCUGCCCUCCUCCUUGGGAUACUAGGAAUAAAGAAAGUGAUCAUCGUCUACGUUGAAAGCAUCUGCCGAGUGGAACAUUUAUCCCUGUCCGGAAGGAUUCUGUUUCACCUCUCCGAUUACUUCAUCGUUCAGUGGCCGACUCUUAAGGCGAAAUACCCCAAGUCUGUGUACCUUGGGCGAAUUGUUUGAUGAACGACAACUUACUUCUUCAGAACUUUACAGGCAACAAUAUUUAUUAUAAAUGGAGAACAAGAAACUACAUGUUUAUUGGAAAAAGCUUUUGAAAAUCCUGAGAAUUAUUGGUGGUCAAGGGUGAAAAUAUAUACAUAUAAAUAAACCAGUGAGGAAACUGCAGUUGCUCUUAUAAAACAAACACUAAUAAACCACUCUGUGUGCCUCUGUGCUCCGAAUUUCUUUUCUGUACGGAAGUAUCUCUCACUACCUGCAAGUUAUCUUCUGACUGAUUUUAGUAAUAUUUUUCUUCUAGAACUAAAUAUAGAAUUUGCAUGAUUAGCUCCAUUUCCUGUUCUACAGCUUUUUUUAAAUAAGUAUUCUGCAUUGUAGAGAGAAAGCUAUUUUUUAGUUUUUGUUCAGACACAACAGGGUUCAUUUCCUGUGUGGAAACAGAGGAGUCCCUCGUGAAUCCUUUCAGCGUAAAGGAAGCAGUUACAUUAACCUGGCUCCAUGACAGUUUGCACUCCACAGGCUUCCAAAACCGAGCACAUAAACCAGUAUCUUUUUCUGUUGCUGUUGUUCCUCAGUUUUGUUUUGUGAGUUGUUGGCCUCCACCCAGAAUAUCUUUUAAAAUCUUUUGUUUGUUAAAAUAAAUUAAAAGGCGACCACUGUCAUAGUAAUAAAAACGUGACUCUGU